CUGUUCUUAUCCUAGUCCACCACGACAACGCGUCCUGUACCCCGUAUAAAAGUCCUUUCAAACGGCCAUCUCCGCAGACUCAUCCAAACAGAAGCACAAACAAGACCAACAACGAGAAGGGUGCGGAGCGCAGGGCAGCAAAAAGAGAGCGCCACAAAACCCUAGCUCACCGUCGCCUUAUGAUGUCUUGCACGGUGGCCAUCCCGAACUCGCCGGUGUUCUCGCCCUCGCGCCGCCCGCUCUCCUGCAAGGCUGCCUCCGCCUCGCCGGAGCCCGUCCCCGCAUCCGUCUCCUCUCCCGCGCCCGCGUCCACGCCCACCGCCGGCUCGCCGCUGCGCCCCUUCGCGCUCCGCGCGCUGCUCCGCGAGGAGGCAUCCCCGUCGUCGUCGCCCCAGCCGGCCUCCACCGCGGCGGUGGCCUCCGCACCUGCAGGGCCGGUCCUGAAGAGGCGGCGCCCGGCGCCGCUCGUGGUGCCGGUGACCGGCGCGGCGGCGGCGGCGGCGGCUGCGGCCGCCGUGGCGGCAGUAGAGUCGGAUCCGCGGAACGAGGUUGAGGAGGAGGGGGAGGAGUUCGCGGCGUACUGCCGGAGGGGGAAAGGGAGGAGAAGGGUGGAGAUGGAGGACCGGCAUGUGGCCAAGGUUGCCCUUGGCGGAGAUCCCCAAGUGGCGUUGUUUGGUGUUUUCGAUGGCCACGGCGGGAAGAAUGCAGCAGAGUUCGCUGCCGAGAACAUGCCCAAGUUCAUGGCCGAGGAGAUGAAGAAGGUAGACGGCGGUGAUAUCGUGGGGGCGGUGAAGAGGGGCUACCUUAAGACGGACGAGGAGUUCCUCAAGAGGGAGGAGAGCGGGGGCGCGUGCUGCGUCACCGCCGUGCUUCAAAAGGGUGGCAUGGUCGUGUCCAAUGCAGGAGACUGCCGCGCAGUGCUCAGCCGAGCGGGGAGGGCAGAGGCACUCACCUCCGACCACCGGGCGUCCCGGGAGGAUGAGAAGGAGAGAAUUGAGAGCCUGGGUGGAUUCCUGGUGAAUCACCGCGGAACAUGGCGAAUCCAGGGCACUCUGGCAGUGUCCAGAGGCAUUGGGGAUACACACCUGAAGCAGUGGGUUGUGGCUGACCCGGACACCAGGACCCUCCUAGUCGACCAACAAUGCGAGUUCUUGAUACUUGCUUCUGAUGGCCUCUGGGAUAAGAUGGAUAAUCAGGAGGCGGUAGACCUUGCACGGCCUCUCUGCAUCAGUAACGACAAGGCUUCUCGCAUGGCUGCCUGCAGGAGGCUUGCCGAGACAUCGAUCUCCAGGGGCUCAACUGACGAUGUCAGCGUCCUGAUCAUACAAUUGCGGAAUUUUUCAAGUUUGUAACUUAAUUAUGGGAGAAACUGGAUUUAGACACUAGCCAGUAGCACUAACAGACUGAUAAGUAGACACAUAAGAAUGUUACUUCGCAAGCAAAAGUUUUCAUGUGCUUGCGCUAUUUUGUGGGUAUUUUAAUAUUCAUUCUUUGUCGUAGUACUAUUCUUUUCUGUAGAAAUUUUCUUUAUGUACUUAAUCUAUUUGAUUCAUUCUUUGAUAGUGCCAUAAUAAUGCGGGUGAUACUCUCGCCUCAUACUGUAAAUGGCUAGUUGCCUAUGUACAUGCUUAUAUGUCUAUUAGCUUCAUUUGAUAUUCCUUUGAUUGAA